AUGGCACCAAGAAACAUAACAAGAGAUUCAGAAUUUUUGCUUCUGGGACUUUCGGAGAAAUCAGAACUGCAGCAUCUCAUAUUUGGACUUUUCCUCUCCAUGUACCUGAUCACCGUGUUUGGAAACAUGCUCAUAAUCCUAACAGUUAGCUCAGACUCCCACCUCCACACCCCCAUGUACUUCUUCCUCUCCAACCUGUCCUUUGUAGACAUCUGUUUCACCUCCACCACCAUCCCAAAGAUGCUGUGGAACAUCCAGACACACAGCCAAGUUAUAACUUAUGAAGACUGCAUCACCCAGAUGUUUUUUUUCAUGCUAUUUGCAGGGUUGGACAUCUUCCUCCUGACAGUGAUGGCCUAUGACCGUUUCGUGGCCAUCUGUCACCCCCUGCAUUACACAGUCAUCAUGAACUCCAAAAUAUGUGGAAUUUUGGUUCUGGUUAGCUGGAUCAUCAGUGUCCUGGAUUCCUUGUUACAAACCUUAAUGGUCUUAAGGCUGUCCUUUUGCAAAGAGGUGAAAAUCCCUCACUAUUACUGUGAAGUCAAGUUGUUGAUCCAACUUGCCUGUUCUGACAACUUUCUUAAUGACAUGGUGAUGUACUUUGCAGCUGGACUGCUAGGAGUUGGUCCCUUUGCUGGCAUCGUUUACUCAUACUCUAAGAUAGCUUCUUCCAUACAUAGAAUUUCAUCAGCUCAGGGGAAGUAUAAAGCAUUUUCCACCUGUGCAUCUCACCUCUCAGUUGUCUCCUUAUUUUAUUGCACAGGCUUAGGAGUGUACCUUAGCUCUGCUGCUACCCACAGCUCACAUUCAACUGCAACGAUGUCAGUGAUGUACAUUGUGGUCACACCCAUGCUGAACCCCUUCAUCUGCAGUCUGAGGAACAAAGACAUAAAGAGGGCUCUGAACACUUUCUUUAGAAAAGGGUUACUUGUCUUCCACUGA